UGCGCCUCCUGCCCAGUCAGCUUGGGGUGCGCAGUCUCGGCGCGCGGGCCGCUCGGCGGGGCCGCAUGGGCAGCAUGGUGUGCGCUCGGGCGGCCCUCGGUCCCCGCGCGCUCUGGGCCGCGGCAGCCUGCAGUGUCCUGCUGCUCACGGUCCCCACGGGAGCGCAGCGCGGCAGGAAGAAGGUGGUGCAUGUCCUGGAGGGUGAGUCGGGGUCGGUGGUGGUACAGACGGCACCCGGGCAGGUGGUCAGUCACCGCGGUGGCACCAUUGUCUUGCCCUGCCGUUACCAUUAUGAGGCGACCUCCCAUGACGACGACGGCGUCCGUCUCAAGUGGACCAAAGUGGUGGACCCGCUCGCCUUCACUGACGUGUUCGUGGCGCUGGGCCCCCAGCAGCGGGCGUUCGGCAGCUACCGCGGGCGGGCCGAGCUGCAGGGCGACGGGCCCGGCGACGCCUCCCUGGUGCUGCGAAACGUCACGCUGCAGGACUACGGCCGCUAUGAGUGCGAGGUCACCAACGAGCUGGAAGACGACACGGGCAUGGUCAAGCUGGACCUGGAAGGCGUGGUUUUCCCUUACCACCCGCGCGGGGGGCGCUACCAGCUGACUUUCCGCGAGGCGCAGCGCGCGUGUGCGGAGCAGGACGGCAUCCUGGCAUCGGCCGAGCAGCUGCACGCGGCCUGGCGCGACGGGCUAGACUGGUGCAACGCGGGCUGGCUGCGUGAUGGCUCGGUGCAGUACCCGGUGAGCCAACCCCGGGAGCCCUGCGGCGGUCGGGCCGGCCCGGGGGGCGCCGUCGGAGGCGUGCGCAACUACGGCUACCGGCACGACGCCCGCGAACGCUACGACGCCUUCUGCUUCACGUCCAACCUGGCCGGCCACGUGUUCUUCCUGAAGCCCCUGCGACCCGUGCCCUUCGCUGGAGCCGAGCGCGCGUGUGCGGCGCGCGGCGCGGCGGUGGCCAAGGUGGGGCAGCUGUUCGCCGCGUGGAAACUGCAGCUGCUGGACCGCUGCACGGCCGGCUGGUUGGCCGACGGCAGCGCGCGCUACCCCAUCGUGAACCCGCGCGCACGCUGCGGCGGGCCCCGGCCCGGCGUCCGCAGCCUCGGCUUCCCCGACGCCGCGCGCCGCCUUUUCGGCGUCUAUUGCUACCGCGCGCCCGGCGCACCCGACCCCGCGCCCGGCGGCUGGGGCUGGGGCUGGGCGGGCGGCGGCGGCUGGGCGGGCGGCGCGCGGGACCCCGCCGCCUGGACCCCGCUGCACGUCUAGGCGUCCGCGGCUCUCGCGGCUGGGGCGCUGCGAGAUGACCCGGCCGCCUGCCGUCCUGGAACACUGACGGCGCCCCCGAAAUCCCUUGGCGUCACCUGGACACCGACCAAGCCCCCCAUUUCCUGGACGAUGGCGACCCCUUCCCCUCAACCUUCUCUAGGCGCCGGCGCAGACCGGAGGACCCCUGGAAAGGAGGCUGGCACCCCCGGAUUUUAUGAAGACUGCCACACACCCUCCGCUUCUCCUUGGACUGGGAGGACUGGUACUUUACUGUUCUUUGGGGGACUCCGAAGUCACCUCCCCACCAAGAUCUGCCUCUGGCCACACCUCGCCGGUGACAGGCAGAAUGAGGGCUCCUGUGGGGCCGCAGAUGGGGGCGUCCCGUUAUCUUCCCCCCCCCCCCGCCUCCGUGAGUCCCCCAGAGUUCCCGGGGGCCACCCAGGGUGAGGGUCCAGUGGGCUGAAGCUUUGCGGGCCGGGCCCCACCCCUCAGGUAUCCUUCUGGAGGAGCCUGGCCACGCCCCCAGAAGCCCCUCCCCUGCUUGUCACCAAAGAUCCCGCUCCCAGGGGCCCCUAGGAGCCACGUGCCUCACUUGCGCCGUCCCCACGGCGACCCGCCCGGCCUCCCAGUCACCUCAUCUGCCCGCCACGGAGAUGGUGCCCGCCUCAGCUGUGCCUGUGGUCCCCACGCCUUCGCAGACGCCUCCAACUCUGCCUCUGCUGUCUGUUCCCGACCAUCGCCCCAGAUGUUCCUGUCCCCCACCUUCUUAUCUCUCGCUCUCACCAUGGAAGCAGGCUGCGCCCCCCCUCCCCUCACUGCAUCCCUCAACGUGCAGCUGGGAUCUCUAAGAUCGUUACCAUGGAGAAGAGACUGAUGUCUGAGGUACCAGAACACCUGUGCCCCUCUGCUUACCCCCUCCAAACCCCGCCCCUCCAAGCUGUCUCUAUAGAGACAGUCUCCAUAGAGACUGCCCACGCCAUCCCCAUGGCAACGGACCUCCCCGCUCUCAGGAACUCCUUAUGA